AUGGGGGUAACGAGGCAGUUUGAAUCUGUGGGAGCUGACGUGGAAGAGAGUGGUCGAGGGAAGGAGGGAGGAGGGAAGCAGCAGGGGCGUACUGGUGUGAUGCAGAGUGCGGGCAGCAUGGCUUGGCAUGCAGAAUUUCCGUUUGAAGACAUCUCAGUGUCCAUGAUGCUUGCUAAAGCGGCCUCCUUCCAUUCCUCUCAGCAUACUGAUGCUCAUGCGCAUGAUGGGCAGGGGAGAGGUGGGAAGGGAGGGAAGGGGAAACAGCAGAGGGAGGCAUGUGUUGGGAGGCUAAACAAGCAACGGAGGAAAGGAGGGGCAGCUGGGGAUGAGUCUGUUAAGACUGGAGAGGUGGAGGAAGGUGCAAUGGAGGGUGGGGAAGGGGCAGAGAAGGGUGGGAAGAAAGGAGGCUGUGAUGGUGGUGCUGGUUGUGGUGGCGAUGAGGGGUGGGAUGAUGAGACGGGCAUUGGGACACAACGAUACACACCUCCCUGUCCGCCCAGGCAACUCAAGAAAGUGCCUCCUUGCAAUAGCAUGGAGACCAUGAGUGCACCGCAGCUGCUGGAGCAUCUCAAGCAGGGCCUCGGAUCAUUAGGGCAGGUGGUGCACUGCGAGGAGCUGCCACAGAGGAAACCGCGCUAUAAAAACCUGGUCAGCCAGUUAUGCCCUGCCACGUGGCACGCCUUGGCUCGUGCGGGCGUCUCCCAGCUCUACUCCCAUCAGGCUAUUGAUGCUGCACUGGCCGGGCGGCAUGCAAUCAUUGCCACGGCGACAGCGAGUGGCAAAUCGCUGUGCUACAAUGUGCCGGUCCUCCACACGCUGCUCUCGCACCCCCACGCCACCACCCUCUACCUCUUCCCCACUAAGGGACGCCUCUCCUCUAAGGGACGCCUCUCCUCUAAGGGGCGCCUCUCCUUUAAGGGCCAUCCAGCCCUCCUCUCCCACCUCGCUUCCUCCACUCCCCACGCUUCCCCCUCUAAGGGGUGCCUCUCCUCUAAGGGGCGCCUUUCCUCUAAGAGGCGCCUCUCCUCUCAGAGGCAGGCGACUCUCCUCUCAGAGACGCCUCUGCUCUAA